AUGUCGGAUUUAAUUAGGAUCCUGCUCGCAGGGGCUCGUACCAAACAGGAUGUAACGAUGAGCCUCCCCGGCCAUGUCUCCUGCCUUCUCCUGCUGAGUCUUGGGACCCCUUUCCCAGCCGAUGGCUUCCGAGCCCCGGGACCCCCUGGAGAGGAAUUCCAAGUGAUCCCAAAUGAACCAGGCGUUGGGGAGGAGGAGGACGGAGGGCCAAAGUGGCGGCGUUCGCCCAUCGAUCUGAAGCCCCUUUUCAGCAUCGCCAAAGAGCUUCAGAGCUUUGGGAAAGAGAAAGCGGGCAUCCAGUUCCGAUUUGGCAGGCAGGACGUGGAUGGGAAUCCCAACGGCAUCAGGGAUCUGCCGGAGGGAGACGGUGAGAAGGGGGCCCUCGCCGAACAACGGGAUGGCCACCCCAACAGGAAGAAACCCAGGUUUAGCACCUGGUUUGGGAGGAAAAGACGAGAGGCGCUUUGGGCCAAAGGCAGCUUUCCUGGUAGCUUCCCAAAGCUGACAGGAUCCAUUUGA